AUGUCAGGGCGCACCAUUGGAGGUGGACGAAUCCUAGGUAGCGGUAGAUCACUUGGUCCUCCACCACCUCCCCCCAAAACGUCUUCUCCUUUACCGGCCCAUGUCUUGUCACCCUCUGCUUCCACCCUGUCCUUGAACACCACCGGCAGUGGAAGUUCCACCCCGCCGUCAUCCGACCCUCAGGACAUUGCUUCUCGAGUAUCUCUUGAUCAUGGAGGUCCUGAUCUGGCUUUGGCAGCCGCCGCCGCAGGGGACCGAAUGGUUUGCCCAAUAUGCAACGAGGAAAUGGUAACAUUGUUACAGCUGAAUAGACAUCUUGACGAUGCACAUAAAGAGAUAGAAGAAGAGCAACAGGAUGAGGUUAAAGAUUGGUUCAAGCAACAGAUGGUCAAGGCUAAAAAGUUCCAACCCUUGGCUGUUUUGAAUCAGAAAUUCAAAGGCCUGGAUGUUUUUGAAUCAAACCAUGAUAUGGUACGGAGUAGUACCCCUACCCCUCGAAUGAAUUCCGUUCCCAGAGAGGUCCAAGAGUCUAGAACUGCCACUCCUCCACCUCCACCUCCCAAACCCGUCCCGGCAGUCAUCGAUCCAGACGAUAUCAUCAACAAGCAACAUUGGCAGAAAAGGAGUGGGUAUGACGCUUGUUCAGAUCCUACCUGUGAGAAGAGACUGGGGGCCACCACAGGCGUUGUCAACUGUCGAAAUUGUGGAAAACUCUUCUGCGAUGAACAUACCAUGUACCAAAUGAAACUGUCAAGAUCAGCACAGCAUGAGCCCGUAAGGGGGAUGUGGUAUCGAGUCUGUGAGACCUGCUACAAGAGCCGUGAAGGUUAUACGGACAGACAUGGAUUGGAAAGAGAUAGAACAAACCUGUUCGCCUCCGUGCGCCAGUCAAAUUCCAGCCAGAGACAAAUGGAGGUAUCAAGACUGGAGAAGAGGCUUUCCAAACUGACUCAAUUGCUUGCCAAUCCGCCUGAUGAGAUCCCCCAAACUGCUACGAACAAAAGGUGGUCUUUAUCAUGGGGCCAGAAUGAUCCUCGAAAGGCACUCGAACAGACAAUUGUCACUUGGCAAAAUGAUGCGGAUGUUGCUAGGUGUCCAUAUUGUCAACAAGACUUUACUCAAUACACCUUCCGACGACACCAUUGCAGGACAUGUGGUAAAGUGGUUUGUGGAGAUCCAGCGACAGCCUGCUCGGUUGUCCUGGGUCUCAAUGUUGCUACCACUAACAAGCGCCAAUUCAUUGCAGAAAAACCCGCUCCUGACAACACUAUUGCUCUGGACAUUCGACUUUGUAAAGAGUGCAAUCACACAAUUUUCUCUCACCGAGACUUUCAGGAAUCACUGUCUACCCAAGCUACUGCACCAUUUACUCGUGCGUACAACAAUCUAAUCCAAUUUGAACGGGGUAUUCGACUCUUGAUGCCAAAGUUUCAGAAACUGCUUCAAGCACUUCAAAAUCCCGACCAACCACCAUCUUCCAGCCAGAUUGCUGAUGCAUCUCGGACACGAAAACGAUUAAUGGAGUCUUUUACCCAAUUUGAUACGGCUGCUCGUCGAAUUCGUGAUAUGCCUAGCUCAUCACCCACUCAGCUCAAAUUACAGAAGGCAAUCCACCAAAAUGCCAGUCAAUUCCUUCACCUACACAUGCUACCUCUCAAAUCCUUACCAAAGGUUCUCAAACAUGCCACACCACACGGAAACUCGUCUUCAAAAAUCGACCCCAACAAUCCUCGUUCCACCCUAGCAGUCCUGAAUAGCAAUCACAUGCGACAUGACAGCUCAUCGAACCUCUCUAUAGCCUCGUACGCUUCAUCUCGUGUCUCAGAACUCGAGGCGGAAGAGAAAUCCCUUCGCGAGCGACUCAUCGUCCUUGAAGAGCAGAAAUUCAUGGUGCAGGAAAUGAUCGCGGACGCAAAUCGAAGGAGAAAAUUCGACGAGGUUGCCGCAUUAGCUGGCAAUGUGGAAGACCUAAGCACCGAGAUUGACGGGGUGCAAAAACUGGUGGACAACCUAAGGGGAGAGUUCGAGGGUGUCUACUCCCACGGAGGGCUUGGUAGUGGCGUCAAUAGCCCUCAGAGAGUGCCGAGUAAUGCGGGCGUCGGAGGCUCUGGAAAGGCCAAGGCCGUCGUCGAGAAUGGAUGA